GCAUCGUUUAUGUAUUUUACUGUAGACCGUACGGACCGCGACGGCGAAAUGAAUUGCUUGCAGGAACUGAGACGGUUAGCUGCCAAAUUAACAAGAAGCUAACGAUAGCUCAGUUACCAGCGAUGUUGUUAGCGUAUUGAUACCAGUUAAUACUCUCAUAGGAAAAAGUACGUGAAACUUCGGCUACUAUCACUCAGAGUUAAUUAAGACAGCCUCAGCGUUAAGAUGAAUUUUACGUGCAGGGCGCCUGUCAAACGGAAAGGUUGAUUUGCUGUGUUUCAGAUAGAAUGGACCGCGGAAACCCGGGCAACACAAUGGAGACUGUGGAAUCUCAUGGAUGUGAAAAAUGUGGGCAGAGUUUCUCAGACAGUGGCUUGUUUAACUCACACCACUGUUCAGAAAGGCCAACCACUUCAUCCACUAAAAAAAAGGUGGGGAACUACAAAUGUUCUCAGUGCAGUGAGGUUUUUUCCGAGCCAGGUGUCCUGAAACGCCACUUCAAAAUCAUCCACAGUGGACGCGACCCUGAAGGCCCGUUCCCCUGCACUGAGCAAGGCUGUCAGUUCAGCAGCACAGGCCGUCAGGAAUAUCAAGCCCACUUGAUGUCCACACAUGGUCUCACUCUUGUUCCCUGCCAACUCCAGUCCUGCAGAGUGUCAUUCCUCACACAGGAAGAGAUGGAGAGACACUUGCGGGGCCACAUGCCCUUUGGCUGCUUUCAGUGUCAGUUUGUCACUCUAAAUGUUAAAGACCUGAAUGACCACCUCUUGGAGCACAACCAUCAGCCACCUUGCGCCCAAGAGAACGAGACUGCAGCCACUGUAUGCACUGAUGGAAGCAACCAGCUCCAGGUUUCGCUCAGGCUGAAGAGAAAGCUAAUCCCCAAACCAGCUUAUGCAUCAUCUUUAAAAGAAGACAGGAAUGAGGAACCUACUGAGAGGCAAAGGCGCAGUAUUAAAAGAGUGAGAAAGACAGUGGAAAGAGACAAGCCAUCAACAGUAGACGCUGCAUCGCCGCCAUCCAAAGAGUACCUUGCGGAGGGAUCAGAGCAUACCUAUCGCACCCACAUCUGCCCCAAGUGUCGACGCUGCUUCAAGAUGCGCUCCCACCUGCAGGAGCACCUCCAUUUACAUUUUCCCGACCCCAGCCUCCAGUGUCCCAACUGCAAGCGCUACUUCACCAGCAAGAGCAAGCUACGCAUACAUCGACUCCGUGAGGCGGGUGACAAGGUUCACCGUUGCCACUUGUGUGAAUAUUCUGCCGUGGAGCGCAACGCAAUCCGCCGCCACCUUGCCAGCGUGCAUGGCGAUGAGGCAGAGGGUGACGUGAACGGUCACAACUAUCCCUGCCCCACCUGUGGUCAAAGCUUUCGCCAGAGCAGGUCACUUAAGGCCCACAUGAAGACGCACAAUAUCCUGUCGGGCAGCAAGCCAGUGGCCUGCUUCCAAGAGGGUUGUUCGUUCCAGAGUUCUUUGCGCAAAGAACUUCUCAGACACACGGCCGAGGCGCAUGGCGUCAGGGCUGUAGAGUGUCGCCAUCACGCCUGUGGGGCCGUCUUCCAAAGUGAGACGGUCAUGGAGGCUCAUUAUCGGACGCACCUCGCCUACCACUGCCCGCAGUGUGAUUUCUCUAGUUCCAAUAAGAACGUCCUCCUCCAGCACCAGCGGCACGGUCACCCAGGAAACAACAAGCUUUCCUGUGACUUUUGCGCCUUCGUCACAUUUAACCCCGUGGAGUUCGAGCAGCACAUCGGACAUUUGCACGCAAACGAGAAGAUCCAUCGCUGCUCUCAGUGCAGCUACGUGACCUCGCAUAAGCGGGGCUUGAAGCGACACAUGCUGAUGCACAGUGGUGCGAAGCCCCACAAGUGUAGCCUGUGUGACUUCAGAUGCCGAGAUGAGUCCUACCUCUCUAAACAUAUGCUCACUCACUCAGACGACAAGAACUUUAUGUGCGCUGAAUGUGGAUACGUCACUAAAUGGAAGCACUAUCUGAAUGUCCAUAUGAGGAAACAUGCUGGAGACCUCAGGUAUCAGUGUGACCAGUGCCCAUACCGCUGUCACCGCAUGGACCAGCUAAAUAGCCACAAAUUACGUCAUCAGGCCAAAUCACUCAUGUGCGAGAUCUGCGCGUAUGCCUGCAAGCGCAAAUAUGAGCUCCGCAAUCACAUGUUGGCCAAACACUCUGGUGAGGAGAAACCGCCAUCUGUCUUUAAGUGCAAAUACUGCACGUACACUACCUGCUACAGACAAGCACUUCAAAACCAUGAGAACUGCAAACACACCAAGCUGAAAGAGUUCCGGUGUGCCCUCUGCUUCUACUCCUCUUUCAGUAGCAUCAGCCUCUUUCUGCACAAGAGGAAAGCUCAUGGCUACGUACCUGGGGACAAAGCAUGGCUAGAUAACUAUGCUGCAAAGGAGAAGGAGAGGAACUCAACGGAGUUCUUGCAGGACUUUUACGAUAAGCCCUCAGCAGUUUGUAAGCAGUCUGAACCACCAACUUCUGAAGGACCUCCACCUUCUCGAAGAGAACAAUCUGAUCUUCCUGGCACAUCAGAUCACGGUGCCACCAAAGGAUCCAUAGCUGGUUCACAAACUGUAGAUUCCGCAGAUGCUUUUGAUGAUGUUUCUCAAGAGGUUGUUAAUGAAGGUGUUUCCGACCCUCCUCCAUCUGUGAACAGUCCCGAGGAGUACUGUACUCUCGUCUUAACAACACUAUCGACCACAGACUAUCAGACCUCCUCUCUGCAAAGUCAGGAAGGGCAUUGCUCAAUUCAAACUCCAAGCACAGCCAACUUAAAUUGUAAUGGCUUUGACAUAUCAAAAGAGAAAGCAGACUCCUCUACAUCUUCGUCAGAGGAAGACAAUGUAGCUGUGGCAGAUGCAGAACAUGAACAAAGUGACUUAGAUGACAACUAUGCGCCUCUGAAUAAUACAAGUCAACCAGGUGAACCCAGGGAGUGUCAAACAUCUGAGGUGAAGAAUGAUGUGGAGACAAUCAGUUCCACGUUUCCAUCCAAGCAGAAGAAGCCAUUAGAAUCUGAGAUCCGUCUAAAAGCUAUGAAGAAGCACGACAAGGACCAAGCAGAAGCCAUGGUUUUGGAUGGAAGGGUGCAGAUGCUUGUGGUGCCAACCAAAGACGUUCAUCGAUGCAACAAGUGUUCUUACGUAACCAGCAAGGAGACCGCUUUGAAGUACCACUGCCAGGCUUUGUGCCAAGGUAGAACCAAGGGACACAAGUGCCAGGAUUGUGGGGCACAAUUCAAACAGAGGCGAGGUCUUGAUAGCCACCUUGCAAAGAAGUGCCCAGCACUUCCACGAAAAACAAGGGUAUUUGUAGGCAAUUCAAAUACAGCAGAGGACAACUCUACUGUAGGGGAGGGAGGAUCCAAACAAGUUGAUGAGGGAAUAAAUUCUGAUCAGACAGAACUUCUUAGUCGGAAUUCCACAGAUUCAAACGAUCAGGAAUUUCAUCAGCAAGAAGAGGAAGUAUGUACAUCUCAUUUAACAAAAUGUAAAGAGUCAGGACAGCAGCCAAGCAAAAUUUUGAAAAAGAAACUUUUAGAAGUUAAACUUACAAAGACGGCGUUAUCUUCCAAUAGCAAGCAACGAACUAUUCCAGAGCAGAAGUCCCUAUAUGCUCAAAAAGAUGGGAAAUUUAAAUGCAAGCUGUGCAAUUUUUCAUCAGUCAGGCUAACAACAGUUGAGCGACACCUCUCACACUGCAGGAAGAUCUUAAAGAAAGGAGAGAAUCCGAUCAUUCCAGAAGAGGAGGAUGAGUGUGGUCGCGAGUCGGUCAACGACAAAGAGGACUUGGUGGAAGAGCACAAUGACAGAACUGGGAAAGUUUCACAAAACCCUAAAAUUUUCUCUUGUCCAAGCUGUGCAUUUCAGUGCAGUCAGCAAGCGGCAUUAGAGCGUCAUGUAAAGAGAGGCUGCUUGAAGCCAGAUGAGUUCCAAUGCACCACGAGUUCAAUUGUAGCCAAAUCUAAAAUUCCUUUGACCCGUCGCAUUGCAUGUGUCCAUAACAAAAAAAAGGUUGCUCUUGCUAAACGUUUGCAUUGCCAGCACUGUACUUUCACCUGUAAACAAGAACGACGCAUGGCGCUACAUGUUGCGCUCAAACACAAAGGCGCACGACCUCACCGCUGUCGAUAUUGCCCUUUUAGCACCGCAAGGCGAUAUCGCUUGGAAGAGCACGAGUCCCUCCACACGGGGAUCGGACGUCACAGCUGCGAUGUGUGCGACAAGACCUUCGGGGCCUUGACCAAAUUGCGCCAGCACAAGAUGCGCAUCCACGACAAACAGCCGACGCACUUCUGCUCACUCUGUGACUUCAGCGGCUACACGCUUGACGAUGUGAGACGGCACAAUCUCAGGUGCCACACGGGGGAGUUACACCACGCUUGCACUCGUUGCGAUGCUCAGUUCAGUUCAGAAGUUGCGCUGAGAAACCACUGCAAACGCGUGCACCAGCUCCAGGUCUGUUUCUCGUGUAAGCAGUGCGACUACACAUGUGGCAGCGAGGUCUCUCUGAAGACCCACCAAGAGAGCAAGCACCCUCAGGUAAAGUGCAACACCUGCCAGGAGUCUUUUAAGACAAAGGAGAGCCUUGAGAUUCACCAGAGAACCCACAUGGCACAUCCAUGUCAGCUUUGCCCCUUUGCGACCAAAACAAGGCAGCUGUUAGCUCAACACCUUCUGAACGAACACGAGGAGGGAUCUCCAGAGGACAAGCCUUUCAGGUGCAGCUCUUGUCAGUUUGCUUGUCGGCAUCAGCUGGUGUUGGAGCAGCACUUCCGUUCACACGGAGGCAAGCGCCUGUACAAAUGCACAGACUGCGAGUAUUCAACCCGGAACAAGCAGAAGAUCACGUGGCACAUUCGCAUACACACUGGAGAGAAGCCUUACAGCUGUGAGCAGUGCAGUUACACCUGCACUGAUCCAUCGAGGUUGAAGCUUCACAUGCGGGUUCACCAAGAGGAGAAGAAGUACCUUUGUCCAGAGUGCGGCUACAAAUGCAAGUGGGCGACUCAGCUGAAGUACCACAUGACCAAGCACACAGGGGAGAAGCCAUAUGCCUGUGAUGAAUGUGACUACCGCACCAACAGAGUGGAUGCUCUCCGCGCCCACCGGGACACGCAGCACUGCGAAUUGCGACCUUAUGUGUGCGAGAAAUGCGGCAAAGCCUUCAAGACUAGUUUCAUACUGAAGACCCAUCAACGGCAACACAGUGACGAUCGGCCAUACUCGUGCGGCUUGUGCCAAAAGGCCUUCCGGUGGCCGGCAGGUCUCAGACACCACUACCUCUCGCACACCAAGCAGCAACCUUUCUGCUGUCGCCACUGCUCCUACAGAGCCAAGCAGAAGUUCCAGGUGGUCAAGCAUUUGCGGAGGCACCAUCCAGAGAUGUCAGUGGAGCAGGGGGUGGUGAGGGACUCUGAAGCCGUUAGCCUGACCCUGAAGGAGGCUUUGCAGGGGACGCUUGAUAAGAGAUCAGCAGAAGUGGAGGAGGAGGAAGCAACAGCCGACAAAGCACAGGCAGUAAAUGAAGAGGUUGUGCAAAGAGAGGAAGACAGCGAGACAAAACGCUGAAGAGAGGAACAAUAUAUAGUGAUCAAUUCAAAUGAUGAAUGGAAAUCAUUGCCAAAAGGAACAGUGACAUAAUUAUUCAAUAUUUAUAAUUGACCACUUCAUUUUAUACUGUAAAAGGCCAAUAAAACAUAUCAGUGCAUACUGUCAAAUGCUGGAAUGCAGAUUGAUAGGAAAGUGUGUUCUGUGAAAAAGAAACCAUGUUUUGUUUUAUUCUAAGUUCUUUAAUAUUG